UCUUAAUCCCUUAGGUCAUCAGUCCUUGCUCUCUGUUACUGGCUUUCUUGAAAUGUAGGUUUUUGUACAUAGCAAACAUAUGCUUUUGUGCCAAGCGUCACCCUCAUCUUGAGUUUUGAAAUUUGGCUGAGGGUACCGUUCUCUUUCUCAGGAUAGCGUGUAUUCAUGGUGUUAAUACUGCCUGAGCCUUCUGAGUCAUUGGAUUGCAGAAUGCAGUGACGUAUGAUGACGUGCAUAUCGACUUUUCUCGGGGAGAAUGGGCUUUGCUGAAUCCUUCCCAGAAGAAUCUCUACAAAGAUGUGAUGUUGGAGACUUACUGGAACCUUACUGUUAUAGGUAACAAUUGCAAAGAUCAUAAUAUUGAAGAACAUUGCCAAACUUCUCGAAGACAUGGAAGGUACAAAAGAAGUCACUUUGGAGAGAAUCCCUCUGAAUAUACUCAAUGUGUUAACGUCUUUUCAUAUCCCAGGCAUCUUCAAAGACGUAAAGGAGUUCGUAUUAGAAAGAAAACCUGUGAAUGUGAUCAAUGUGGUAAAGCUUUUACAUGCCAAAGUAGUCUUCAAAUACAUAAAAGAACGCAUACUGGAGAGAAACCUUAUGAGUGUAAUCAAUGUGGGAAAGCCUUCUCUUGUGCUUUUCUGCUUAGAAAACAUAAGAGAACACAUACUGGUGAGAAACCUUAUGAAUGUAAUCAUUGUGGGAAAGCCUUUUCACAGCACUUCAAUCUCCAAAUCCAUAUCAGAACACAUACUGGAGAGAAACCCUAUGAAUGCAAUAAAUGUGGUAAAGCCUUUGCACGUUAUAGUCAUCUUCAAAUACAUGAACGAACUCAUACUGGUGAGAAACCUCACAAAUGUAAUCAAUGUGGUAGAGUCUUUUCAGAGCAAAGUAAUCUCCGAAUGCAUGAAAUAAUACAUACUGGAGUGAGAGCCUAUGAAUGUAAUAUAUGUGGUAAAACUUAUGCACACCAGAGUUAUAUUCGGAUACAUAAAAGAACACACACUAGAGAGAAACCCUAUAAAUGUGAUCAGUGUGAUAAAACAUAUGCACGUCACAAUCAUCUUCAAGCUCAUAAAAGAACUCAUACUGGAGAGAGACCAUAUGAAUGCAGUCAAUGUGGUAAAGCCUUUUCACAACAAAGUCAUCUCCAAAUACAUAUCAGAACACAUACAGGAGAGAAACCCUACGAAUGUACUGAAUGUGGUAGAGCUUUUUCAAGUAAUGGACAGCUUAAACUACAUAAAAGAACACAUACUCGAGAGAAACCUUAUGCGUGUGAUGAAUGCGGGAAAGACUUUGCCUAUCUCGGUAGUCUCCAAAUACAUAAAAAAAUACAUACUGGAGAGAAACCUUACAAAUGUAAUCAGUGUGUUGAAACCUUUGCAAAGCACAGUUAUCUUCGAAUACAUAGAAGAAAACAUUGGAGAGAAUCCCAGCAGAUAUAAUCAACGCUAUACGGCACAUAUCAGUUUUCAAAACUAUGAGAAAAAAAUCAUACUACAGGAAAACCCUGUAAUUUCAGUGAUUAUGGUAAAGUUUUUUACUUCCUUGUCUUUAUGCCAGACAAAAUCUUUUAUUGUGUCAUUGAUAUGUUAAUGCCUUUGUCUGUCAGAGUAGCAUUUGAGGGCCUCAAAAAACUCAUACUGAAGGCAACCUGAGCUUCAAGGAUGUGGUAAGUUGUUUAGCCUACUUAACAUCCAGUUGCACAAGAUUAUUUAUUCUGGAGAAAAAAAAAUCUGACAAGUGUCCACCAUCUGUUCAAGCAUUACAAUGUCCCUCUUAUUAUUUGUACCUCCAAACUAAUAUGGACAAAAGCUCUAUGAAUUUAAAAGAGAAGGUAACCCUUGUGGAUUUCCCGAUUUUCUUCAGUUAUAUGAAAUAAUUCAUCGGGGAUUAAAACUUUAUGAAUUUGUUUUAGUGCCUUAUCUCUUGCUGUGAUAAAAGAUGUCCAAGUCACCUCAUGAAAGAGUUUAGUUUGGCUCAUGGUCCAGAGCAAUGCAAGGUCACCAUGUAAGUGGCAUGGCAACAGGUGUCGACACAGCCCCUAAAGCAGGACACUAAGAACUCACAUCCUCAUCCUUCAGCAUGAAGCAGAGAGUGACAACUGGAAAUGGUGUGUGAUGCAAACUCUCAGGCCACCCCCAGUGACGCAUUUGUUCCAGCAGAGCAGCAUCUAAGUCUUCCCAACUGAUACCACCAAUUGAGAAGGACUGAUUGCUCUUCCUUGAAGCCCACAUACUUGUGUUUUGUACAUAAACCCAUUCCAGAUGAAGAAUACCUCUGUAAGCAUUUAAAUACCUCAACAUCUGUGUUACAGGUGUGCAUGCUUACACAAGGAAAAACAUUUGGGAGUGAAAAUUUGUUUAAAGAUAUGAUUUAAGCUUAAUUAUGCGAUGUCAGUGUGUCUUUGCGUGGGUAUGUGCAUGGGCAUGCUAGUAUCCAAGGAGGUUAGACCUUUGGAUCUUGUUAUAGCAGGAAUUGUAGAAAGUUGUCAAAAAGCUGACCUUGUUCCUGGGAAUAAACUUGUUAUAACUAACUGCUCUGCCAUAUCUCUAGCCCUGGAAAUAUUAUAAAGCUUUUUAAUAAUGUCUUGAUAUCAGGAAAUAUAGAAACCCUAUUCAUGUAAACGAUUUUGUAAAGACUUUAGACUUGUCAUACCUUUCAAGAAAAGAAAUCUUGUUUCUUGUCUUUCAUUGUAGCCUCGUAGUAAGUAAAUAAUUUACUAUGUUUACUCAGGCUGAUGGUCGAGAUCACAGCAUUAUGAUUUCUCUUUUACAAUAUUUGGGAUAGUUGUUAAUGUGUGUCAUGUGCUUGGCCAAUUAAGUUAGUGUAAUUUAUUUUAUAGUCCUAAUUUUCUUUUGUGGCUUCUGUUCAUCUUCUACUUGCUUUCACUUAGUGGUAGGUAUGUUUCUUUUGCAAUGAAUAGAAUGUGUUGCUCAGCAUCUAUGUGGUCCAUUGUUCAUUUAAAUACCAUGCAGAGUGUGAGCAUACUUUUCAUGUAAGUGUGUCUGUGAAAGAGUGUGGCUGUUGUUCCUGGGUUUGUUUUGCCUAUUUUGACAAAUUUCCUUGAGACAUGGUUGUUUGUUAUCCAGCCUGGCCUGGGUGUCAGUAAUUAAUCAGGGAUACAAUUGAACACAUGAUCCUCAUAAGGUGUUCAAGGGUAAAUGAAGCACCCUAUUGUUUGCUCUUUUGUCAAUAAUGUUAAUGGAUGAGAAUGUAAAAAAAAAUGUAAAAAGAAAUCGUAUGUAUCCAAAGCAGCAUUUUCAUCUAUCAGGUAAAGAUGGAAUAAAGUAGGAUAAUCAGCAAUCAAAUGCAUAUUUCUCAACAUAGCUUGAUGUGCUAUGGAUAUGUAAAUAGCUUUUGAAAUUCCCUGUGUCUUAUGUCACUAUUAGUUACCUAUUUGACAUGACAUGUUGAAGUACUGCCUUCUAAGGGAAUUAUCUAGAGAUGGAACCUGUUACAGCAAUGAAAUUUAUGUUUUGUUUUUUUUUGUUUUGUUUGUUUAUUUUAAGACAGGGUUUCUCUGUGCAACAGUGUUGCUGUCCUGGAACUCACUAUGUAGACCAUAUUGGCCUCAAAUGCACAGAGGUCUGCCUACCUCUGCCUCUCGAGGGCUGGGAUUAAAGUUUUGUACUACUACCACCUGAGAUGUAUUUUUUAUAAAAUCAUUUCUGUUGUGUCUGUGUGUGUGUAAUUUGAUUAUGGGUUUUUGGUCAUGAUAGCUAUGUGGAGCCCGGAAGACACCUUUGUGGGAUCUAGUUUUGUCCAUUUUCAUACGGUGAUCAAGGUGAGGUUACCAGCCUUGCACACUGCAGAUGCUUCCUAGUGGGCCACCUUAGACAUGCUCAAAGAAGAUUAGGUGAAACUUUACAUCUGUAAAUGUUACCUUCUUUUCUGAUUGUAAACUUAAUUUCAUCUAAGGAGAGUAAAACAGGACAAUUUGAAUAAUAAAUCCUAUUUGUAAAUGAAAGUGAUAUACCACUAUCUUUUAUUAAUUUAUCUAUUUAUGGAAUGUAUUAGUUUACUAUGAGGACUAAAUACCUGUUUAUAACACUUUCUCAGACCCACAAUUGAGUCUUAGAGAAUUUUUCUCAGUGGGUAAAGGUGGUUGCUACUAAACCUGAUGUCCUGAGUUCUAAAACUGAGAGCCCCAUACGACUCCUACAAGUUUUUUCUUAUUUCUAUACUUGGGCUGUGCCAUGUACAAACUCCCACACCACCAAAUACAUAAAUAAGUUUUAAACCCAAGCAACUCCCUGGGUUUUAUCUCUAGAGCUCCCAUCUUGGAAGUAGAGGAGAAAGACAUCUGGAAGUUGUGUUUCCCUGGGAAAUCUCUCUGUGGCAAAAGUCCUCCACUUGAGGAUGUCUCUAUUGGAAAAACGUUUCCUCCUUAUCUGACCACCCAGCAGGAGAGAAAGAACUGAGAAUGAGGGAGGCUUUUAGAUCUGGGAAAAAUUCAGUAUGUAGCUUCAUUAGAUUUCUUAGUUUUGCAUAUCUUUUGCUUUCUAUCUAAACCUGUUGUGAUCCCAAUUAUGGAUUAGUUAUCUUAUAUUUUUUCACUGUUCCAGAUUAGACAAACUGAAUAAAUAUGCUUCUAAAUUUCA